AUGCCGCGGUGGUUUUACUUCUUCGCGGAGUACAACUUCAGUGUCGAAUACAAGCCAGCACGCUUAGCGUUCUUGACGAUGCACUGUCGCGCCAGUCCGACUACGAUCUUGCUCAAAAUAGCCGGGUCACGGCAGUUCUUUUUGAUAGCGUCCGUCAGCGUACCAUGCGGACGCCAGUUUGGGCUUGCUUGUGCGUAUCUUGCCACCGGCAAGGACGUCAAGUACGAGUGGAUUACUUCUCGCCAGCGGUCUCGGCUCCACCGCUACGUGUGGACUGACGGCCCGCUCCAGUAUCGGGUGGAGUCUGAGGAUGUCUCUCGUGUCGUUGCCCCUUGGGGCACACGACGCGCCAUCUUGUGGCCACCUUAA